AUGGUCAUGGCACUGUGUAUCAUACUUCCACUUUUCAGAGUGAUGGCUGUGGCACAAUCCUUAGCCAUCCGUCUCAUGUCAGCCAAUGUUGGAGACACAGUGACUUUGCACUGCUUUCAUGAAGGCAAUUUGGCAAUGCACUUCUUGUGGUACAACCGACCCUUCGGAUAUAAUCCUCAGCUCAUGUCAACCUUUUAUGAGUAUGAAAAGAAUGCUAUAUUUUACCAUGACUUUAAGGGUAACCCUCGUGUCUCAGUGGAAAGCGGCAAUGGAAUAAACCACCUAAAGAUCUCAGACGUACAGCUUUCUGAUUCAGCAGAAUAUUAUUGUGGAAGUUCCUACUCCAAUAUGAUGGAAUUUGCAGAAGGAUACAUUCUUAUUGUAAAAGGUUCAGGAUCCAGAAACACCACCGUUGUACAGCAGCCUGUGUCUGAGUCAGUCCAGCCUGGAGACUCUGUGACUCUGAACUGUACAAUACACACUGAGAUCUGUGCAGGAGAACACAGCGUCUAUUGGUUCAGACAUGGCUCAGGAGAAUCCCAUCCAGGAAUCAUUUACACCAAUGGAGACAGGAGUGAUCAGUGUGAGAAGAGCCCUGAGGCUGGGUCUCCUACACAGAGCUGUGUCUACAACCUCCCCAAGAGGAACCUCAGCCUCUCUGAUGCUGGGACUUACUACUGUGCUGUGGCCUCAUGUGGGGAGAUGCUGUUUGGAAAUGGGACCAAACUGGACAUCAAGGACAACGGCGCAGGACCUCUUCUGCUGGUGUAUUGCCUGAGCGCAUCAUUGGGUCUCUCAUUUAUCCUGAUUACUGUCCUUGGCUUCAUCAUGUACAAUAUGAACAAGAGAAAGUGUCUGCAGUGUAGAGGACCCGUCUCUCAGACAAGAGGACCAGCAGUCUCUUCUUCAGAUGCAGGGGCCCAAGAUGCAGACGGUCUCCAUUAUGUAGCUCUGAAUCUGAGCAACAAGAACAACAGGUCUAGAAGACAGAGAAGCAACAUGGAGGAAGAGACGGUCUACUCUGGGAUCAGACAGUAGAACAAUAAAACA